UAACGCGUUUUCCUAUGAUAAAGUUGGUCCCUUAUCGACACCGGUAAGACUCUGAGGGGGAGGUACCAUCAUGGCUGCCACGGUAGUGAAGCUGGCGGUGAUCCCAGCAGCAAUGGGAUUGGCCUCGUUUCGAGUUUAUGCCAUGAGUCAGGACAAAACAGAGACUGUGCUGCUCUCCCCUAGAGAGUUGUCCAUCUAUGCUCCAGACCCUCCAGCAACGCACUACAUGGAUGAGCAGCCUGGAGCUCUGCAGAACGGGCUGGGUGUGGUCCGGGUGGGGCUGCAGCCAUACGUUAGAGCCGUUAAGAAUGCUUAUACCUCUGUCAAGGUCGGAGCUGUAACAGUCUAUACUGCUGGACACGAUACAUAUGAGUUCCUGAGUGAUCCUCCUCCUGGUUUUAUGCCGAGGGUCGGUGUAAUCACAGUCUCUGGGUUAGCGGGUCUGAUCCUGGCAAGGAAAGGGUCACGUCUGAUGAGGCUGGGGGUUCCUCUGGGUAUGGCCACUGUUGGCAUGGCUGUGUGCUACCCCACUCAAACAGUGGGUGUUGUAAAGAUGACGGGGCAGAAGAUGUAUGCAGCAAGCCAGUACACUGCAUCAAUAUUUAAAUCAAAGCCCAAAGAAGUAACUCCUCCAACUGUCAGUCUUGAGCAAGCCCCGCAAGCUACCAUCCCUGAGCCAGAAGUGUCAGAGGCAAAGCCCCUCCCUGAAGCUGAAUCACCUGAACCAGACAUGCCUGCUGUUGACAAGGCUUCCCCCACUGAACCUAGUUUUACCUCAGGCCCCGUAGAGGGUGCUCCAUCUGUGGUUGAGCCUGCCCCUCAGCCCACCACAGAGGUGGCCCCUGCAGAGGAUUCUAUUGACACUGAGCCUGCUGAACCUGAGGUAGUCACAGUGGUGGAGCAAGGGGCUGUUCAGACGGCCCUUGUGCCUGCACCUCCUGUUGAGGAAGCUGCUGCUUCACCUGCUGAAGAGAUUCCUGCACCUGCCCCUGUUGAGGCUGUCCCUGCACCUCCCCCAGCAGAGGAAGUUAUUCCUCUCCCACCUCCUGCUGAAGAGACAGAGCUUCCACCCCCUGCACCUGUUGAGGAGGAAGCUGCUCCUUCACCCCCUGCACCUGUUGAGGAGGAAGCUGCUCCUUCACCCCCUGCACAUGUUGAGGAGGAAGCUGCUCCUUCACCCCCUGCACCUGUUGAGGAGGAGGCUGCUCCUUCACCCCCUGCAGCAGAAGAGGCUGCCCCUGCACCUAUAGAGGGGGUUGCUGACCCACCUCCUGUAUCUGAAGAGACUGCACCUGCUCCUGUUGACGAGGCUACUCCUCCAGCUACAACAGAGGAGCCAUCUGUGUUUGUAACAAAAACUGCUGGGAAACCCAAAUUUGCACCAGACCCUAAGCUAAUUGACCUUGGCCAGGCCAGCCCUGAGGAUGCGGACCUGUACAGCACGCGUGGAUGAAGAAUGACAGGAGGAGAAGGUGGGGGAUAUGUGGGAGGGAGGGGAAGGUUAAGGGUAAUCUUCAGAAAUUAAAAAAUAAUCAAGCAACACUUUUUUCAGGUGCCUAUUUCUCUCUUUACCUCAGUGAUAGGGAACAGUUAGAUCUAUACAGGCUGUGUCCCGAUUAUCCACCCUUCUCCCCAAAUGUGCAAUUGCACACUUCUGGUCAUGGAUUUAACCAUUUGAAUCCAUGGCAGGGAGGAGGAUUGAGAAUCAGGUUGCAGCCAUAGUGUGUUGGAAUUUUGACCUCUGGUGUCAUCUGUUUCUUUGCGUGGCCUGCAGUUUACAUGUAGACAUCCACAGGGAACAGGGUGCAGGCCAUCAUCUGCAUCCACAGGAACAAACAGACAUCUUUACACCCAACUUCCAGAGCCACUACACAAGGUUUACUUACCAACACUUACUCAGUGGUCAGUUUAUUAGGUACAACCAUCUAGUACUGGGUCGGACCAGCCUUUGUUUCCAGAACAGCCUGAAUUGUUCGGGGGCAUGGACACGUUUCUCAGUUGGUAUCAAGGGACCUAACGUGUGCCAGGAACACAUUCCCCCCUCCAUUACACCUCCACCAGGCAGGAUGGGGACAUGGACUCAUGCUGUUUACGCCAAAUCCUGACUCUGCUAUCAGCAUGACGUGACAGGAACCGGGAUUCGCAGGACCAGGCAAUGUUUUUCCGCUCUUCAAUUGUCCAUUGUUGGUGAUCGCGUGCUCACUGGAGCCGCUUCUUGUUAUUAGCUGAGAGGAGUAGAACCCUGUGUGGUCGUCUGCUGCAAUAGCCCAUCAUGACAAGGACUGAUGAGUUGUGUGUUCUGAGAUGCAGUUCUGCACACGACUGUUGUACUGUGUCGUUAUUUUCCUGUUUGUGGCCCGCCUGUUAGCUUGCACGAUUCUUGUCAUUCUCCUUCGACCUCUCAUCAACGAGCUGUUUUCACCCACAGGACUGCCACUGACUGGAAGUUUUUUGUUUGUCGCACCAUUCUCGGUAAACCCUAGACACUGUAAUUUGUGAAAAGCCCAGGAGCUUGGCUGUUUCUGAGAUAUUGGAAUCAUACCAUGCUCAAAGUCUCUUAGGUCACUCGUUUUGCCCAUUCUAACGUUCAAUCGAACAGCAACUGAACGCUUCACUGCCUGUUUUAUAUAGCAAGCCAUGGCCACGUGACUCACUGUCUUGUCUGUAAGAGCGAACCAUUUUCGUGAACUGGGUGGUGUACCUAAUAAACUGGUCACUGAAUGUAUAUUUGUGGAGCUCGUUAACACUGUUAUAAUGUGAAAGAAGUUACUCAAACAAAUUCCGUUGCUAACCAAACUGGACCAUUAUACAAUAAGAAUUCAUAAUAGGCUUUUUUUUUUACUAGUGACUUGUCAUUUACUUAGGUCACUGCUACGCUGUCGGUUUUUCUGUCUUGUGAAUUUAUCUUCUCGUAUUAGUCAGGUCAGUCUGCAAAUAUUUUCCAUGUGGCAUUUUGUCAAGUGAGCUGUUUUAAAACACGUCCAUGUUUUUAUAGCAUUUGUAAGACCUGCUAGCACCGUAGAACUGGAGUUGAACCUUUUUAAUUUGUAAAAACACAACGUAUAUGGAUGUGUGCAGUUCUUGCGCAAGAUGGACACUUCCCAACAAGCCCACAUACUAGAGGCACCUGGAGGACAUGUCAUGUUAUGGACUGACUGGUUUGAUACACUACAUGACCAAAAGUGGAUUUGGCUAUUUCAGCCACACCAGUUGCUGACAGGUGUAUAAAAUCGAGCACACACCCAUGCAAUCUCCAUAGACAGACAUUGGCAGUACAAUGGCCUUACUUAAGAGCUCAGUGACUUUCAAAAUAGCACCCUCAUAGGAUGCCACCUUUCCAACAAGUCAGUUCGUCAAAUCUCUGCCCUGCUAGAGCUGCCCCGGUCAACUGUAAGUGCUGUUAUUGUGAAGUGGAAAUGUCUAGGAGCAACAAUGUCUCAGCCGCCAAGUGGUAGGCCACACAAGCUCAGAGAACGGGACCACCGAGUGCUGAAGUGCGUAGCCCGUAAAAAUCACCUGUCCUUGGGUUGCAACACUCCCUACCGAGUUCCAAACUGCCUCUGGAAGUAACAUCAGCACAAGAACUGUUAGUUGGGAGCUUCAUGAAAUGGGUUUCCAUGGCUGAGCAGCUGUAUACAAGCUUAAGAUCAACAUGCGCAAUGCCAAGCGUCGGCUGGAGCGGUGUAAAGCUUGCCUCCAUUGAACUCUGGAGCAGUAGAAACACGUUCUCUGGAGUGAUGAAUCACGCUUCACCAUCUGGCAGUCCCACGGACAAAUUUGGAUUUGGCUGAUGCCAGGAGAACGCUACCUUCCCCAAUGCAUAGUGCCAACUGUAAAGUUUGGUGGAGGAGGAAUAAGGGUCUAGGGCUGUUUUUUUAUGGUUCGGGCUAGGCCCCUUAGUUCCAGUGGAAAAUCUUAACGCUACAACAUACAAUGACAUUCUAGAUGAUUCUGUGCCUCCAACUUUGUGGCAACAGUUUGGGGAAGGCCCUUCCCUGUCUCAGCAUGACAAUGCCCCUGUGCACAAAGCGAGAACCAUACAGAAAUGGUUUGUUGAGAUCGGUGUGGCCUGCACAGAGCUCUGACUUCAACCCCAUCGAACACCUUUGGGAUGAAUUGGAAUGCAGACUGUGAGCCAGACCUAAUUGCCCAACAUCAGUGUCUGACCUCACUAAUACUCUUGUGGCUGAAUGGAAGAAAGUUCCUGCAGCAAUUUUCCAACAUCUAGUGGAAAGCCUUCCCAGAAGUGUGUAGGCUGUUCUAGCAGCAAAGGGGUACCAAGUCCAUAUUAAUGAUUUUGGAAUGAGAUGUUCGACAAGCAGGUGUCCGCAUACUUUUGGUCAUGUAGUGUAUGUGUGUUGGAAUCAUUUGAAUGAUGUCUUAGUACUUGAUGUCAGUUUGAAAAUACAUAUUUUUUAUUUUUAUUUGAAUAGCGCUAUCAACGUAAUUAAAUUUUUUUUGUAUAUUACAGAACAUAUUUUACAAUUUAUAUGUUUUAACACUUCCCUGAAUUCAGCUGUUGGAUAUCAAUCUUCACUAUGAUAAAGUUUUCUUUUGUGCAUUAGAAUAGCCAAAUAUGGAAUAAAGGCAUUUUUCUCGA